CAAUUCAACGGAUUUCACAAUAUACCAGACUUAUUAGGUAUAGUGAUAAAAGGAAAAUAAUAAAAAAGUUAUGGUUGGUCAAUUCACCAUAAAGCGAGGCACAUCUAGUGAAUUGUAAAUCAACACUUAAGAUUUUUGGCGGCAGUAUUGGUGCUACUUUGUUACGAAGGUUAUGUUUCAUUUUAUGGAAAAGCGUGAGAAAAUGCUAUCACUAUCGUCGUCGCAGUAUCAGGCAAUUAUAAUUAAUUAUAAAGUUUUUACGUGAAAAAUAACGAAAUUAUAACAAACAAACAGUUGAUCCUGAUUUUAAUUCAAAAUGUUAUCUGCUGUGGUUACUAACGGAGAUAAUAGCGAAAAGGAAAAUCAUCCGGAGGUAGAGAAUCUUGAUGGACAUAGAUUUUCAUUAAAAAGGAGCAUUUAUAAAGAGAAUAAUAUUAACGAAACGAGUUCACAUAUUGAGAAGAACAAUGAAAAUAAUAUUGAAAAUGGUUAUGUACCGCUCUCCAUAAACAAUGCAUUGUGCGAUGUAGGUAACGAUAGAAAAAAGCUACGCAGUGGAAAAUAUGUUAGCGAUAAAAUUAUGCUCAGUCCAAGUAGGAUCAAAAAAAAUAUUAAAACAGAAAAAUUUAAAGCAUUUUGGAAAAAUUUUACCAAGCAAACUAGUUCAGAAGAAUCCAUAAUAAAGACCGAAGAAAAUUCUUUUAAACCCAUCGAAAGUAUAAAUGAAACUAUGCCGGAACCUAUUUUUAAGACAAACAUUAUAGAAACCAAUGAAACUGUGGAUGAUGAAUCUGAAAAUGCUUGUAAAAAAAUUAAGCACAAAGAUAGUAACCAUAAUAUAAGUGAAGAAAAACCAGUAAUUAAAAAAGUUGUGGAUACUCCACAGAAGUGUGAAUAUUGUCGUCAAAAAUUAAUUGUGGAUGAAAUAAAGUUAUAUCAAGGUCAUCCUAAUGGAGCUGUGGAAGAAUUUGUCGCUUUGACUGAUUCAAGAUUGUCCUUAUUUACAGGAGAAGAAGCCACGAUACAUGAAAGCGAUGAAAGGCCACAAAACAAAUUAACACAUUUUAGUGUGUAUGACAAAAAUGGUCACCUGUGUCCUUUUGAUACCGGUUUAAUUGAAAAAAAUGUAGUAUUAUAUUUCUCUGGAUAUAUGAAAGCUAUUUAUGAGGAAAAUGCAUGUCCCAAAGGAGGAGUUCCUGCUAAAGAUAUGGGACCAAUAAAUGAAUGGUGGGUGUCUGGAUUCGAUGGAGGAGAAUUAGCUCUCAUAGGGUUUAGCACGUCAUUCGCAGAAUACAUUUUAAUGGAACCUUCAGAAGAAUAUGCUCCAUUUAUGGAUAGUAUAAGACAAAAGAUCUAUAUGAGCAAAAUUAUUAUAGAAUUUUUAUUAGAUGAAAUCAAUCCAACUUACGAGGAUUUACUGAACAAACUUCAGACCAUAGUUCCACCAAAAGGUUUAUCUAAAUUCACGGAAGAUGCUUUACUUCGACAUGCACAGUUUAUCUGUGAUCAAGUUAUUUCUUUUGAUGCUUCUGCCAGACCAGAAGAUCCAUUGUUAAUUACAAAUGCAUGUAUGAGAGCUUUAGUAUCUUUGGCUGGUAUAACUGUUGGUAAAAAAGCUGCAAUGCGCAAAGUCCAACAAAAGCAUCAAAAACAAAAAAAGCCUUGUUGGACUAAAGCAACAACAACUAAAUUAGUUAAUAAUACGUUUGAGACAUUCUUUACCGAUCAACUGGCGAAGAAUGAAGAUAAAAAUAUGACUGGUCCUAGAAGACAUAGAUGUGGAGUAUGCGAAGCUUGCCAACAAUCUGAUUGUGGAACUUGUAUUGCAUGUAAAGAUAUGGUUAAGUUUGGUGGUACUGGAAAAAGUAAACAAGCAUGUUUUAAGAGAAGAUGUCCAAAUAUGGCAAUUCAAGAAGCAGAUGACUCCGAUCUUGAAGAUGAUGAGUUAACUGAUACUUUUAUAGAAAAUACAAAGAUUACUCAAAAGAUGAUUCUUAAAGCAUUCAAACAUGUCUAUAAAAAAAUAGAAUGGAUAGGACCACCUGUUGUUGAGGAUGGUCGAAGAACAUUUUAUGAAGCAGUUAAAUUAAUAGAUGAAGAGAUUCGAGCCAAUGAUUGUGUACUCAUAGAAUCAAGUGAUCCAGCUGUUCCAUUACAAAUUGCAAGAGUUAUAUAUAUGUGGGAAGAUAAAAGUGGUGCUAAAUUAUGUCAUGCAAACUGGUUUCGUAGAGGUAGCGACACAGUUCUUGGUGAAACAUCUGAUCCUUUAGAAUUAUUUGCAUUAGAUGAAUGUGAUAAUGUACCGUUCUUUUCCAUUAAAUGUAAAGCUACUGUUAUAUAUAGAAAGAAACCAAAAGAUUGGUCUCAAUUAGGUAAUUUGGAUGAAGCAUUGGAAUAUGAAAUUAAAGAUGAAGAUGGAAAGACAUUUUUUUAUCAAAAAAAGUAUACUUCUGAAACUGCCCGAUUUGAAGAUCCUGCUCUGGAUAGUAUCUGUCAGCGAAAAGAAAUUAGUCAUCGAUUUUGUCCUGCUUGUGUACGUUUUACCGACUUGCAAUAUUAUUAUACACCAAAGGUUUUUGAAUUGAUAGAAGAAAAAAAUUACAGAGAAGUGAUCUAUGGUGUUGUGAAAUAUAAAGGUGAAGAAUUUAGAGUUGGAAGUGCAGUAUUUUUAUCACCAGGUGCUAUAAGAUUUAAAUAUACAGCAACGAGUCAUACCAUAUCAAAACAAAAGAAAGGAAAGGUGGAUGAAGAUAUGUAUCCAGAAUAUUACCGAAAAUCAUCAGAAUACGUAAAGGGUUCGAAUUACGAUACACCUGAACCUUUCCACAUUGGAUAUAUAAAUACAAUAUACGUUACUACCACUAAUAAACUAGUUGCUUCUUCAGACAUCUGGAUAAAAGUAAAUAAAUUGUAUAGACCGGAGAAUACACACAAAGGCCUUAAUUUAAUGCAUCAAGUAGAUUUAAACAUGUUAUAUUGGAGUGACGAAGUAUGUAACGUGAAAUUUUCUGAAGUAACUGGAAAAUGCUAUUUGGCUUACUCAGAAAAUUUAGAUCAACCAUUAGAAGAAUGGUCUAUGGGAGGUCCAUAUCGUUUUUAUUUUACACAAGCUUACAAUGCUUCAGAAAAAACAUUUGAUGAACCAUCACCUCAGGCUUGUAAUAUUGGUAAAUCCAGUAAAGGAAAGGGCAAAGGAAAGGGUACAAAAUCAGAGAAUAGUGAAACAAAGAAGUUUAUUGAAAAACUAAUUGACUACAAUAAAGUAGAAAAACCAUUAAGGACCUUAGAUCUCUUCGCUGGCUGUGGUGGUUUGUCGGAAGGUUUACAUCAAGCUGGUAUAGCUGAAAAUAAUUGGGCUGUGGAAAAAGAAGAUGCUGCUGCAUGUGCAUAUAAACUUAAUAAUCCUAAUGCAAUCGUAUUUUCGGAAGACUGUAAUAUAUUGCUUCAAAAAGUUAUGACUGGUGAUAUUUGCGAUGAUAAUGGACAACGACUACCUCAAAAGGGUGAAGUGGAACUUUUAUGUGGUGGACCACCUUGUCAGGGUUUCAGCGGCAUGAAUCGUUUUAAUUCACGUCAAUACUCAUUAUUUAAAAAUUCUUUAGUAGUAUCAUGCUUGUCUUGGUGCGAUUACUACAGACCAAAAUUUUUCAUAAUGGAAAAUGUCAGAAAUUUCGUUUCAUUUAAAAGAUGUAUGGUGCUAAAGCUUACUUUAAGAUGUUUGGUUCGGAUGGGCUAUCAAUGUACAUUUGGUAUCCUUCAAGCUGGAAAUUAUGGAAUUCCACAAACAAGAAGAAGAUUAAUCAUUUUGGCGGCUGCUCCAGGAGAAAUGCUUCCAAAAUAUCCAGAACCAACACAUGUAUUCAGCAAACGUGCAUGUCGUUUGAGUGUCCUUGUUGAUAAUAAAAAAUAUUCCUCCAAUUGUGAUUGGACAGAAUCGGCACCCUACAGAACAAUUAGUGUUCGCGAUGCUAUGUCUGAUCUUCCUAUUAUCAGGAAUGGGUGGAAUCAAGCGGAAAUGUCUUAUGGGGAUGAACCUAAUUCGUAUUUCCAAAGAAAAAUGAGAAACAUUCGAGACUCAAUAUUAAGAGAUCAUAUAUGUAAAGACAUGGCACCACUCGUAGAAGCUAGAAUAGCACAUAUCCCUACUGCAAGUGGUUCCGAUUGGCGCGAUUUACCUAAUAUAGUAGUUCGUCUAAGCGAUGGAACAUACUCUAAAAAAUUAGAAUAUACUCAUCAUGAUAAAAAGGCAGGGAAAAGUUCAACCGGUGCAUAUCGUGGUGUAUGCAGUUGUUGUUCUGGGAAAACAUGUGAUCCAAUAGAUAGGCAAUACAACACUUUAAUACCAUGGUGUUUACCACAUACAGCAAAUCGUCAUAAUCAUUGGGCAGGGUUAUACGGACGAUUAGAAUGGGAAGGAUUUUUCGGUACGACCAUUACGAAUCCAGAACCCAUGGGAAAACAGGGUCGCGUUUUACAUCCAGAACAAACUCGAGUUGUCAGUGUAAGGGAAUGUGCAAGAUCUCAAGGAUUUCCUGAUUCUUUCCGAUUUUAUGGCAAUGUAUUAGAUAAACACCGACAAGUUGGUAAUGCCGUCCCACCACCACUAGGUGCAGCAAUAGGUCACGAAAUAAGAAAGUGUUUACAGAACGAAGAAAUAACACUUACAUCAUUGAUGAAAGACUACAGGGAAAAUAAGGUGAUAAAAAAUGAACUUAUAUCAGAAUAAUGCUCGUAAACUUAUUAAAAUGCACAAACUUAGUUACAAAGAUAUGUCUGAGUUGGUGACGGGUAUUAAUGAAACGUGUUCACUAAGAGUAUUUGUUUGAUUAUUAUUAUUAAUUUGUUUUUAAA